AUGCGACAACCAGCAAUUCCCAUCCCCUCGCCCUUCCAGUCUUCCAUUGCGAAGCCAGGGCAGGGUAAAGUCGUUCUCUCCCUUCUUCCACCAAAUAACCCUACCCUUACAACCCUCACCUAUAAAUACCCAUUGAAGCUGGUCCCGCGGGCCGGCGGCUUCGUCCCAACCCAAGAAUCCUCCGCCGUCUCGGAUUCACGUCCCUCCCACCCCGUCCACCUCUAUCUUCUCACCUAUGGCGGCGGCCUUCUGCCGGGAGACCACAUUGAAGUCUCCAUCACGCUGGAACCAAAGACCCGGAUGGUCGUCACUACACCACAAGGAAGCACCAAGAUCUUCAAGACAGAUCCAAAUAAUAGCGGUUCCAACCCAAAUGUCAUCAAGGGUCACCGCAAUCAAAUGCCCGCCAAUAAACACCUCUCCGACAUGAGUCAACAAUCCCUCGAUGUCCACAUCGGCCGCCAAGCAGCCAUCUGCUACCUCCCCGACCCCUCCGUCCCCUUCAAGAACAGCCGCUACGCCCAAAUCCAAACCUUUACCGUCGACGCCGCCGCAAAAGGCGACCAAAGAAGCAGCCUCUGCGUCCUAGACUGGGUAACGCAAGGCCGCACCUCCCGUGGCGAAAAUUGGAACUUCCGCUUCUGGCGCGGCCGCAACGAAGUCUGGGCCCAAGACGAAAAGACCGGCAAAAGCCGUCUUCUUCUCCGUGACUCAGUCAUCCUAGACGAUGAAGCCGAAGUUUUAGACGACUCCGAUGCAUCGGAGUCCGAAGAAGACGAAGUGACCAACACGAAUCGCAACAUCCACAAUGGUCUCGAGAACCGCGUCGAUAUGCCGCCGCAGGCGCCGGCCGGCCUGACCCCGCUGAACAUUAUUGCGGAGCGUACGCGCCCACACGGCGUCGUCGGCACGCUGAUUCUCUCUGGUCCUGUCUUCGAGGAUCUUGGCGCGCAUUUCAUUCAUCAGUUCCAGUCGCAGCCCCGCAUUGGAAGCCGGAAUUGGUCAGACCAUGCGCCGGCUUCUGUGCCGGAGCCGUCGCUUAGCCACAAGGGCGAUGUUACGUGGACUGCGGCGCGGGUGCGCGCUGGCUUUGUGCUUGUCAAGUUCGGUGCUAAGGACUUCGAGACGGCGAAGCAUUGGCUGGGCGGGAUUAUUCGGGAAGAGGGCAGUGUUGUGCGCGAGUUUGGAGAAGAGGCGCUGUUCUGUCUGUGA